AUGUCAUCUAUUCGAGAACUAAGUUCUCCCAUCGGCUCUCCACCUCCAACCAAACGGGCUAAACUCGAUGUGACGGAAGAACCCACUGGUGUGCAUCACAUAGCGGAAGCGCCUGUCGAAAAACAGCGUGAUGAACACAAAUCCAAAAAGCCAAAAAGGUCUCGCGUAAAACGCCAGGAUAUUGAACCAUAUUCGCAUGAAGAUGUGUUAUGGCACGACGUCAAGGCCGUGCUCGGUUCCGAGGCAGUCGAGACCGCCACCUCACAGGACAAAGAUUGGGAAUCCCCGCUGCCGUUUGGAACAGAGUUAGAACUCACUGUAAGCGGACUCACUUCAACAGGAGAUUCCAUCUCUGUACACAAUUCUCCGGAAGGGCCAUGGGCUGUUGUUGUUCCAUUUGCAUUACCAGGAGAAAAAAUACGGACGAAAAUCUAUCGCUCCAGCAGACUCCACUCGUUUGGAGAUCUACUGGAAGUUGCGGAAGCCAAUAGUACUAUGCGAGAUUCCUCUUUAAUCCGCUGCAAAUACUUUGGGAAGUGUGCUGGCUGCCAACAUCAGAUGAUACCCUAUGCGACACAAUUACUUCUUAAAGAGGAUAUAGUACGCAAAGCGUUCGAAAAUUUUUCUGGAAUACCUGGUGAUUCCAUACCCGCUCCUCUGGCUACGAUACCAUCACCCAAACAAUACAAUUAUCGAACGAAAAUAACGCCACACUUUGAUGCGCCUCCUUCAAACAGGACACGGCGUGGUGGAAAGGCAAAGGUUGCAGCCAAGAAUGCGGACGCCAGUUGGGAACUUCGGAUUGGAUUUAACCAGAUGGGGCGCAGAAAUGUACUCGAUAUUGAGGAGUGCCCGAUUGCCACCCCGGUUCUGAACACCGCGCUUGUCCCAGCACGAGAGCAGCGUGGUGCCACGCUGCUUCUACGGGACUCCCUCGAACCACGGUCCUCGCCCUGCGAUGAUGGCGCUCGAGUCCAGAACGAGGUACCCCUUUCAAUAGCCAAGCAUAAGGACGAUCAAGGGGCUGAACAUAUAUGCAUCACUGAUUCGAAAGCAGUAGUGCACGAGCGUGUUGGAGAAUUUGAGUUUACCUUCCCGGCUGGGCAAUUUUUUCAAAACAAUAAUUCGGUGCUAAAACCCUUGACCGACUAUGUUCGAGACGCGAUCUUGCAUCCUAUUCCCUUUGAAAAGGAGGGUGCUGUCGCCAGUCAACCGCCCACGCAUCUCGUGGAUACGUAUUGCGGAAGUGGCUUGUUCUCAAUAACGUUGUCGCCGCAUUUUGAAGUAAUAGCCGGCAUUGAAAUAUCUGCUGAUAGCAUUGCUUUUGCGCAACGUAAUGCUGAGCUGAAUAACAUACCAACUUCAAAAUGCACAUUCCGUGCUGGGACUGCAUCUUCGAUAUUUGCUAGUGUGGGCAACGGUGAAUUUCCUCCUGAACGAACGGCGGUGGUGAUAGACCCCCCACGAAAGGGAUGUGAUGAGCCCUUCAUCGAGCAAUUGGUAGCCUUUCUCCCGGCCACGCUGGUAUAUGUUAGUUGCAAUGUUCACACUCAGGCUCGAGACGUAGGCUCCAUCCUGCGAAAAACGCAAGGCGCUGCAGUAGGACGCAGGUACCGCAUAGAGUCUAUCAGAGGAUUUGAUCUUUUCCCUCAAACUGCCCAUGUCGAAAGCGUUGCGGUUUUGCGGCUUUAUUAG